AUGCUGGGUCAUCCCCAGGGCAUCCUGUCUGACCGCGAGGUGUGGAGAGGAUUUUGCUCGGCGCUUGGGGCCAAGGUCUCUCUCACUUCCGGUUACCACCCUCAAUCCAACAGUCAAGUGGAAAGAAUGAACCAGGAGUCAGAAAACACCCUCAGAUGUCUCACUGAAAGAGGCAGACAUCGUUCCCUCCGUACAACAGCACAUCCGCCGCUGCUGGACCUUCUGGAACCGGGCCAGGACGGCCCUGGGAAGGACCUCCCAAUGUCCAGGAAGAUGUCCCCCAAAUGCAUUGGUCCUUAUGAGGUGGAGAGGACCAUUGGGGAAUCUGCCAUUCUCUCCGCCUUCCCUCCUCUCUUUGCAUCCAUCCCAUCUUCCAUGUGUCCCAGAUCAAGCCCAUCUCUUCGAGUCCUCUGGCAGAGCCACACUCUCAGUCUUCUCAGAACAGAGUCAUUUGCUCUAUCUGCCAUCAUGCUCCACAUCUUUCUUUCCACUCUUGCGAUCUUUCAUUUGAGUUUUGUCGAAGGCCACCUGGUAACUGGAGCUCUGAGGCAGACUGUGAAGCUCUCAUCUCAGACGAGCUGCAGUGAAGGAGGCGCUGAACUGAUCCGCAGGCUGGGAGAUGACAGCGCAGUGCCUGUUGCCUCAGCUCCUGUUAACCAGCCUUUAAAGCCGGUGGAAGCAUAUAGAGGGAGGAUGGAUAUCUCUUCAUCAGGAGUUUACCUGAAGGACGUCAACUACAACGAUAACGGACAUUAUGAAUUCCUCUGCGGUGGCAACAUGAUUAUUAUCAGGCUGGAUGUUUUGGUUAUCUUGGAUAUUUCAGUGUGUGAAGGGCAAACAGUGAGACUUCCCUGCUUCUCUCAAACUCUGGGUGAACACGUGGAGUCUGUUCAGUGGGAUACAAAGGAGAAGCCCGUAAUAAAAGUGGAACUCUCCAGCCAAAAGGCUGAAUAUGCAGAAGGGUUUAAAGACCGCGCGUCUUUCUCUGACUUGGAGUCUGGGGACCUGUCGCUGAUCCUGCAGCGGGUCCAGCUGGAGGAUCAAGGGGACUAUUUCUGCUUUGCCCAGGGAGGCUCCAUGGGGAAGAGACGCCCUGCUGCAUGGAGACUGGAGGUCCAUCAGGAGCAAUGUAACAAUAAACCACCCACCACUCCACCUCAAACAACACAGGGGCCACCUGGACUAAAGGAACCACAUGUUAUCAUCGCAGUCCUGGCGGCACUGCUGCUGGUUUCUGUUGCUUUUUCCAUCUGGAUGGGUUGCUGCCUCUGGUCUCAUAGAUCCGCCUCAUCAGCAGGGAAGGAAAACUGUCUACAAAUGGCAUGCUUGAAGAAAGAAAGCUGUACAUCGAUCGAAGGAGAUGGACUGUAA